GCAAGCCUCAAUAGAGCUAGUGUUUGGGUUGAGAUUGUCAUCAAACAAUGGCGCUUGCGCAAGCUGUAAAUAUUACUACAAGAUACUAUCAUUCCUAACAUCUUGCAUCCUAAUCAGCAGUGUGUUUCUUGGGUUUUGUGUCUAAUCCCAUUAUUUUUGUUGACAGCAGCUUCUGACCUUUGGGGCUAACACGCAGGCACAACGUACCCCAUUCGCUACGGUUCUUGGAGCGCGGGCAUCCAAACGAAACCCAAACAAGCAAGCCACUGUCACCGCAUCUCCAAAGCACCACAACAACAGCCCCGCGAAAAGCAAUCACCCAAACCAUAAUAAUAAAUAGUUCAACAGACAACAUGGCUGAGUCCACCUCUCCAAUUCCCUUCAAGCGUCUCGAGCAGAUUGCUUCCGAUGCCUGCAACAGCGUUCUCGAGAACGUCGAGUUUUACGAGCACCCCAAGACCGCAGGAUGGAAUGAGACCAUUAUCCAAAAAGUCCUCAAGGCGCUAAUGUCCGAGGCCACCCCCGCCGGCGCCUCAUCCCCCCAGUACAAGUUCGCCAUCAACAGCACCAUCGUCCAGCACGUCGUCCCAACCUCCCAGCUCAACAAGCCGACAAGUACAGGCACCACCGACGCCGAGGCUGCUGCCACGGCGAAGAAGCAGGCUGGCCGUCGGGGCAUGCACAGCGCGACGGGCGGUUACUGGAACGAGAAGACGGAUGGAAUGUGGAGCUACAAGUGGGAUGGCGAUGCCAAGGGGCUGGAUGUGGUGUUGAUGCUUAUCUGGAUUGCCGUUUAGGGAGUCAGGGACCCAGAGAAGUGAGCAGAAUGCAGAGGGUGGGUAUUGGGUUGGUGUGUUGAAACAAGAUCAAGAUCCUACUUGUCAUGCUUAAAAAGCGAGUUUGGCAGUCAUCCUUCGUUUUGUUUUGUGAGGGGGGGGAGGGGGGAAGGGGCGUGCGUGCUGCUAUUCAGGCAACGAUACUUCUAAUUUGAUGGUUUUCUUUAUAUGUUGCACCAAUCGGUGCGUGGUGUGACAGUCACGCUGUGGAUGAGAUAAAGAUUGAGGGCUAAAAAGAUAACAGAGGCGCUUUCGACUAUCUUUUUGAGGCCUUUUGACUAUUAUAAAGGCCUAUGCACGAUCUUUUGAGGCCUUUCUACUAUUUUCAAAGACUAUAAUGAAUAUUCAACACCUAUGUAGUUAUCUUUAAAAUCAUAUGGACCUUCUUUAAGGGCCUGCUAAUCGUCUUUUAAGGCCUUCAUCCAACCUAGCAAUCUCUGUUUCUUUAUCCACAACGUGGUGUCACAAUCAAGG